UUAAAACAAACACGUAUAUUGUUCUCUUGCCGCCUUGCUGAUCGCACGCCUUGCUACAAGUGAGGCGACAUACAACUGCUCUGGACGUUGGCCGGAUCACUUCUUUGCAUGCAUUCGGACCAGGGGGUCCUUCCAACAUGGCCGCGUGGACUCGAGAGCACUGAUCGGAGCAUCAUCCUUUUGCUCCUGCACCGUCGACCUGGCGCAGAGGACGUCGACGACGUGGAGGCCGAGAGGUGCCAGGAGGUCCAGGCCCCCGACGAGCCCGACGCUGCGCCCGCCCCGGGCGCGGCGCCGCCCCGGCGGGCCGGAGCGCCUGGGGCCGGCGGCGCCCUGGGCGGCGCCCUGGGCGCGCUGCUGCGGGCGAGCGUGGGCGGCGCGCCCGGCGGUUCGCUGCCCGCCGAAGGGUCGCUGGCCUACGUCGAGUUCCCCUGCGGAGGGCACGCCGGUGGCGCGCGCGCGGAGGACGUCUUCGAGGCGGGUGCGGCCGCGGAGGGCGCCGCGGUGGCGUGCUGCGGCGUGAGGCACUUCGACGCGGACGUCGAGGAGGGCGAGGAUGACGACCAGGAAGACAACCAAGGCGGCGGGCGCGUGCAGCUGAACCUCAGGCAGGCCCUGAGCGCCACGGGCGGCCGCGUGUGGGACAGCUCGGUGGUCAUGGCGGCCCUCAUCGGCGAAGG